AUGCGGGGUUGGCUCUUGGCCACGAGGGUGUUGACUUGCUUGAAUAGUCUGGGAGUUCCUAAAGUCGGGAGAUCAAAGGUCGAGUCCUCGUCUGCAACUCCUCUGGGAUAUAUUGCACCUCCGAUCGUUGUGUUUCUAUUCCUCCUUGUCUGGGCCGUGAUCACCAUAAGAUAUCGAAGCCACAGACGGGAGGCAGAAACAAGGCGUCUCUACUUCCUGGGAAGGACAAUACUAGCUGAUGUCGAUAUCAACAGACAGUUCCCCCUUGCCAAGCUCAGUAUCUGGAGGGCGCUGCACCGAGGAAAGCAAGCACUUGGGGCAGAGAGCGACGUCCCGGAUCCGAUCCUGUGCUCUAUUUGCAUGGAACAGCUCAGGGAUGAUGAGGACGUCCGGCCGCUUCCUUGCGAGCAUAUUUUCCAUCCAGAGUGCGUGGAUCCGUGGCUGACGAGAUAUCAUACCUCGUGUCCUUUGUGCAGAGUCAGCUUGGUAGAAGAUGACGGCAAGUUGGAUCUAGAGGAUGGGAGGCCACCUCGGCUCUUGACUCUGCCUAUGCCUCCCCAGCCGGCGUUGAUCGGUUUUGCAGGGCGAUUCGGGUGGUCAGUCUUUCUCUCUUUGCGUGAUUUCAUGUGUCCUGUAAUUGCGGUUUGCUUAGCAGCAGAUGGGUCUAUUCGUGGUAUUGCGACAGGCGUCACAGAAUGA